CAUAACAAUGGAGAAUCCUAGCAGCAAAAAUGAGAAAAUCAACUACUUGCAUUAACAUGCUUUGGAUUUGCUUUUCUUUACUCUUGUUAUCACAAACUUCUUCUUCACUAGACAGUCUCUCUCCCGGUGAAUCCAUUAAAGAUGGCGAGACUCUGGUUUCAGCAGCUGGAACAUUCGAACUGGGAUUUCACAGACCUCAAAAUUCAAGUAAUCGUUAUUUAGCAAUAUGGUACAAGGCAGUCUCAGCCUUUUCAGUUGUUUGGGUUGCCAACAGAGAAACCCCAAUUCUUGAUUCUUCAGGAGUCGUGAGCCUCUCUAAAAAAGGACUAGUGGCGCUGCUCAAUGAGAAAAAUAUCACAGUUUGGUCAUCCAAUAAAACAACAAGUGCACAGAAUCCGAUUAUGCAGCUAUUGGACUCGGGAAAUCUUGUAGUAAGGGAUGCAAAUGACGACCAAUCGGAUGAAUUUCUGUGGCAGAGUUUCGAUUCUCCUUGUGACACGUUCCUCCCAGGAAUGAGGAUUGGAAGAAAUUUUUCAACUGGUGAGGACAGAUUUCUAACAUCCUGGAAGACUGCAAAUGAUCCUGCUCCAGGCCAAUUUUCGCUGUGGAUAGAUCCUCGUGGGUUCCCGCAGUUUGUUCUUAGGAAUGGAACUGCUAUGCACUAUAGAGCUGGGUCAUGGAAUGGCCUUCGUUUCACUGGAACUCCGCAAUUGCCACAAAUACAAAUCUUCAAGUAUGAGUUUGAAUUGAGCAAGAACGGGGUCUAUUAUGAGUAUGAGGUCCAAGGCACCUUGAUGUCAAGAUUAGUAGUGAAUCUGUCAGGCUUCGUGGAGCGCUUUGCACGAACACCCGAGUCACCUGGUUGGAGAAGUAUAUACUUUGCACCACUAGAUCAGUGCGACGAGUACUCGGUCUGUGGUGUAAAUAUGAAAUGCAAUAUUGUAGAUAAUUCUCCAAAUUGUGUUUGCUUGGAAGGUUUUGUGUCGAAAUCGCCUAAAAAUUGGAGUGAUGGGUGUUUUAGAAAGACUCCAUUAGAUUGCAAAACUGGAGAUGUCUUUCGAAGUUAUGCAGGGUUGAAGUUGCCAGACACAUCUGGUUCUCCGUAUAAUACGACCUUAAGCUUUGCAGAAUGCAAGGAAAUGUGCUCAGGAAACUGCAAUUGCACAGCAUUUGCAAGUUCAAACAUCAAUGGCACUGGCUGCUUGCUUUGGUUUGGAGAAUUGGCUGACAUGAGAGAGUACAAUGAAGGGGGACAAGAGAUUUACAUAAGGAUGUCGUCUUCAAAGCCAGGUAAAAUUGAGAAGAAGCUGAUAGGUAUCGUCAUCUCUGCAAUACUUGUGGGAAUGCUUGUGGUGGGAAUUAUCGUUUGUAUUCGAAAAAGGAAACAGAGAAUGACAAGAGGCAUUAACAUGAGCGAUUACGAAAACAAAGAGGGAAAGGAAGACAUGGAAUUGCUAACAUUUGAUAUAACCACAAUAGCAAAAGCCACAGAUAACUUCGCAAGCGACAACAAGCUGGGGCAAGGUGGUUUUGGACCUGUCUACAAGGGAACAUUGACUGAUGGUCAAGAAAUAGCAGUGAAAAGGCUUUCAAAAAGUUCUGGACAAGGACAAACAGAAUUCAAAACUGAAGUUAUCUUGAUCUCCAAACUUCAGCAUAGAAAUCUUGUUAAACUUCUUGGCUGGUGCAUUCAGAAAGAUGAAAAAAUGCUGAUAUAUGAAUUUAUGCCCAACAAGAGCUUGGACUUUUUUAUUUUUGAUCAAAUGAGAAGCAAAUUUCUUGACUGGCCUAAGCGAGUCCACAUUAUUGAAGGAAUUGCUAAAGGUCUUCUCUAUCUUCAUCACGACUCAAGACUAAGAAUUAUUCAUAGAGAUCUCAAGGCAAGCAAUGUGUUACUAGAUAAAGACAUGAACCCCAAAAUUUCAGACUUUGGUAUGGCCAGAAUUUUUGGAGGGGACCAAACUGAAGCAAAUACAAACAGAGUAGCAGGAACAUAUGGUUAUAUGUCUCCAGAAUAUGCUGUGGAUGGGCUUUUCUCUAUGAAAUCAGACGUCUUUAGCUUUGGUGUGCUAGUUUUGGAGAUAGUAAGUGGGAAGAAAAACAGAGGAUUUUCUCACCCAGAUCACAGCCUCAAUCUUCUUGGACAUGCAUGGAAGUUGUGGGUAGAAGAGAGGUCACUGGAAAUAGUGGAUAACAUGUUAGAUUCUGUUUCCAUAUCCGAAGUGUUAAGAUGCAUUAACAUGGGUUUGUUAUGCGUUCAACAACGGCCAGAAGACAGGCCAAACAUGUCAUCUGUUGUCGUAAUGUUGGGCAGUGAGAGCUCGUUGCCUCAACCGAAGCAGCCUGGUUUUUUCACCGAAAGAAAUAUGCCUGAGGCAGAAUCUUCAUCGAGUAAGCAUGGAUCAUCAUCAAUAAAUGAAAUGAGUGCCUCGUCCCUAGUGGCACGGUAGAAGAUUACCACUCAAUAAUGCGAGAUCCCAUAGAUAGUUCAUCAUAAAUUUAAAAUAUAAAUAUAUUUGUCACUGUCUUAAAUUCAUAGGGUAACAUGUCUAAAUAUUUUUUUUUGGGGAUAAUUAUACAUUUAAUGCGUGGGUCUCACUGUAGGUGUUGUGUCUUAUCGUCAAAAGUGACGAAUGAGUCUAGGUAUAGGCUUUUCCUCUUUAACAAGUCUGUUGCUUUGUGAGAAACAGAGCGGUUGAUAUCUAGUUGGGCUUAUAAAUGCGAGUGUACUUUGUGCCAAUAGUUGUCUUUAAAUAUACAAUGCUGGUAUCGAAGACAAAGAGUAAAAUUAAUAAUAGUGUUUAUACAGC